GGCUCUUUGGCUACUCACACGUGGGGAGUGUUAACACAGUGCUAACAAGCUAAAGAAACAUUUUUGUCGGAUUUGCAUUCAGAUCACAGACAGGAUGACCAGUGAGGACGUGGAGCGACUGUUGAUCCAGUUUCAGGAUGAGAAUGGGGAGGUCCUGGGCUCACCUUUUGACGUGCCACUGGACAUUACCCCAGACAAACUGCAGCUCGUCUGCAAUGCAUUGCUCCAGAAGGAGGAGCCAGUGCCUCUGGCAUUUUUUGUGCGUGGGGAGGCCGAGGUGGUGUCCAGCCUGGGGCCCUGCGUUAAGGCUCUUGGGGUCGAGACGGAACAAGUCCUGCCAGUUGUGUACCAACCUCAAGCAGUGUUCAGGGUUCGAGCCGUAGCCCGCUGCACCAGCACACUACAGGGACACACAGAGGCCGUCAUCUCCACUGCGUUCAGUCCGACUGGCAAAUAUCUGGCCAGUGGCUCAGGUGACACCACAGUGAGGUUUUGGGACUUGACGACUGAAACGCCUCAUCACACUGCUAGAGGGCACACACACUGGGUCCUCAGCAUCGCCUGGUCACCUGAUGGAAAGAAGCUGGCUUCAGGCUGCAAAAACAGUCAGAUCUGUCUGUGGGAUCCAGUGACAGGUGCACAGGUGGGGAAGACGCUCACAGGACACACCAAGUGGAUCACUUGGCUCUGCUGGGAACCUCUCCAUCUUAACCCGGAGUGUCGGUACCUAGCCAGCAGCUCUAAGGACGGCUCGAUACGAGUGUGGGACACAGUGCUGGGACGCUGUGACAAGAUCCUGACUGGACACACUCAGUCAGUCACCUGUGUGAAAUGGGGAGGAGACGGACUGCUCUACACUUCCUCUCAGGACAGGACAGUCAAAGUGUGGCGAGCGAAAGACGGGGUGCAGUGCAGGACUCUGCAGGGUCACGCACACUGGGUCAACACCUUGGCUCUCAGCACAGACUACGUGCUGCGAACGGGAGCGUUUGAACCUGCGACGGCUACGAUCAACCCAAAGGAUCUCACUGGAUCGCUGGAAGAGCUGAAGGAGAAAGCUUUGGACAGAUAUAAUAAAGUCAGGGGCUCGGCUCCGGAGCGCUUGGUGUCGGGCUCAGAUGACUUCACAUUGUUCAUGUGGAAUCCUGCAGAGGAAAAGAAGCCUUUGGCCAGGAUGACCGGCCACAGUGCCCUGGUCAAUGAAGUGCUCUUCUCCCCAGACACCAGGCUCAUCGCCUCGGCCUCAUUCGACAAGUCCAUUAAAAUCUGGGACGGACGAAAUGGAAAGUACCUGAUGUCUCUGCGCGGCCACGUGGCAGCCGUGUAUCAGGUGGCGUGGUCGGCAGACAGCAGGCUGCUGGUCAGCGGCAGCAGCGACAGCACGCUCAAAGUCUGGGACAUCAAAACCGGGAAGCUGAACAUGGACCUGCCCGGCCACGCCGACGAGGUGUAUGCGGUGGACUGGAGUCCUGACGGGCAGCGAGUGGCCAGCGGUGGGAAAGACAAAUGUCUUCGAAUAUGGAGAAGAUAGCCACAUCUCGGGUCUCAUUCCUGACUUUGGAAGAGGAUUCUCAUGCUCUCUACUCAAGAAGCUGACAUGUGGAGCCAAGACUGUAUCUGAUAACCCUUCUGUCAGCCAUCAGUGGAAUCAUCACUGCAAAUUCAGAUUCAGGGGAUCAUAUGACCGGACUCUCUAGGUUUGAAACCUACGUCUGAAUAAUGGCAAUAUAGAAAAUGUAUAAUGUGAGACAUUCAUGCAAAAAAAACUAACACGCCGAGUGUGUCCGGAUGUGUAUUUCAGGGUUGGCAUCUGUUUGAAAGAGCUGGACUUUAGUGCAUGUUGGUUUAUGCACAUCAGAAGCUCUGACAUACUUUCCAAGACUUGGUGAAUCCUUAUUGCGCUCCCAUGCACAGAAGAACCCCGCCUUCACCUUCAGCCUCAUCAGACAGGCUGCAUAUUGUGUGUGACAGGUGGGCAACAGGUGGGAGUGCUAAUACCUUCCUCUGUGAUGUUAAUGCGGCCGGCGCUCACUCUGCUCCUUCAGCCUUUAAUCUCGUCUGUCCUGCCGUCAGCAAAGCCGCGGCCUUCUGGGUUUUUUCCAGCCUCUGCGGCGAAGCCAAGUGUCACCAACCCUCAAGUGUUUGUCGUAACGUGUUCUUCGUUUGUCUUUUUGAAAUUCCAUGUCAUCUGAUUAAAAAUGUGUUGUAUAUUAAUGAGAUGAAGAAGAUAUGGUUAACUGCACCAUCAGACUGUAAAUCACUCCUCCUUCAGUCAGUGAAAUCAAGAAAAUGUCUACCA